AUGAAGUCGACGUUGGCGACGCAGCUGUCAGAGGGCAGACCGCCAUUCUCGCUGCUGCACGAGAUCCUCUUUCUCAGCUUGAUCGUCUCCACACAAUUGCUGGCUCAGGCUGGCUUGGGUCAGGUCAUCGCACCGCUGCACAUCAUCGGUCCCCAAUUGGGCACGCGCGAUCCCGGUCAGCUGAGUUGGAUGCCGGCUGCCUACUCGCUGACCAUCGGCACGUUCAUAUUGAUAUCAGGUAGGCUUGGCGAUGUCUACGGCCAUCGCAGGCUUCUUGUCGUCGGCUUCACAUGGUACGCCGUCGCCUCGUUGGGAGCAGGUCUGUGCGCCUACGACCGUCAUUCUCCUAUCCCGUUCGAUGUUCUGCGCGCACUGCAAGGUAUUGGUCCAGGUCUGCUGCUUCCGAACGCUCUGGCGAUCCUAGGAAGGACUUACAAACCAGGAUUGAGGAAAGCCCUCGUCUUUGCCAUCUACGGCGGAUCAGCUCCUACCGGCUUCAUUCUGGGCGCCACCUUUUCCAGUCUAGUAGCGCAGCUAGCCUGGUGGCCCUGGGCAUACUGGCUCACCACGAUCGUGUGCGCCGCGUUGGCAAUCGGCUCUCCCUUCAUCGUCCCAGCAGACCACGAUGCCGUGCCGCGCCUCGACUUUGGCGAAACGGCCAAGAGGCUGGAUCUGGUCGGAUCCAGCAUCGGUAUCCUCGGCCUAUGUCUGUUCAACGUGGCCUGGAAUCAGGCACCCCUUGUGGGCUGGCAGACCAGCUACGUCAUUGUGUUUUUGGUCGUCGGCAUAGCCCUCAUCGCGGCUUUCCUCGUCGUAGAGACCAAGGUUGCUCAUCCCAUCCUGCCUUGGAGGACCUUUUCGAGCGAAGCCAGUUUUGUGCUGGCCUGUGUCGGUGCGGGCUGGUCCAGCUUUGGAGUCUGGAUGUAUUACUGGUAUCAGAUUCAACAAAUCAUCGAAGGCGACUCGCCCUUGCUCGCCACAGCCAAGAACUCGCCCGUUUGCUUGGCAGGCAUGACGGCAGCAAUGUUCUGCUUCUACUUCAUCACCAGACUGCAGUCCAGUCUGCUCAUGAUGCUGUCCAUGUGCGGAUUUCUGAGCGGCAACCUGCUCAUGGCACUCAAACCAGCUCAUCAAAUCUACUGGGCUCAAACCUUUGUGGCCACAUUGACGACACCGUGGGGCAUGGACAUCAGCUUCCCUUCUGCUACGUUGAUUCUGAGCAACGCAAUGCCCGUCGAGCAUCAAGGAAUGGCAGGCUCGCUGGUCGCCACCAUGGUCAAUUAUGGUAUCAGCAUCGGCUUGGGGAUAGCGGGCACCGUCGAAGUGCACACCAAUAGGGCAGGCACCGACACGCUAAGAGGUUUUCGCGGAGCCCUCUUCAGCGGUGUCGGGCUGGCGGGCUUCGCGCUGCUGACCAGCGUCGCAUUCUUCGUAUUCGAGAGCGCGCAGAGCCGUGGGAAGGGAUCCAUGCGAGCGGACGAGCACGAGCACGAGCCCAAGAGGAUGAUGGUAGAUGGACGCGACGAUGCCGCAAAUGGUGAAGCAGCGCCCGACGCAGAUGCUUCCCCCGCCAACCCUGUGAAGCCCCCACGUGAUACUUGA